UUGCUGCUUCAUUGCCGCUGGAGCUCACCGGCAAUGAUACAGCAAACACGGAGGGACGCUGAAAGCUGCUCCGACAUGAACUCACUCAGCAAUUUCUACCACCUCAAAGACGGAUAUUACACAGAUUCCAUGUGGAACUAACUGUCGUCUGCGUGUGUAUCCGAUUCCGGAUUAUUUUUGUUUCCGUUUUGACAAGAAUAGACAGCUCCUGGUGGAGGAAGGGAAUAGAUGCGACUGUUUUCCUGCGACACACUAUGGCAUGCUAACAGGCUUCACUCACAAAGGGCAACUUAAAUUCAUGAAUAUUAUUAUUUAAAGUGUUCUUAAUUGCUUCUUAUGUGUUAUCUGAGUGUUUGUAUAUAGGUGAAAAAGGAGAACACAAAGUUCAAGAGGCGCUAAUAGCUGCUUGCUAGCCAGAGCUAGCUUAAAAAGGACGCUUUUCUGGUUUUAAUUUGUUGCGUUAAAAGACAAAUUUUAAUUUAAAUGAUGGAUUGUUGCGUGUUUUGAAAGGAGGAAAUACACUUCUUGGUAAAGCUAGAGGACGUUUUAUUAGAUGUUUAUUUUAUUUUAUAGGACGCAAAUCAUAUGACUUGCCACUUAAGCCUGUUUAGGAUUGGGGGUCUACAUUGACCGACCGACCGUCUACUUUAUUGGCCUCACUGUAAACAUGCACCACCAGGACUACACCGGGGAUUCCCCGGGGACUGCCGCCCGCAAAACUGCUUUUCACUACCGUAGAGGCAGCAGCAGCGCGUCCGGAUCUCCCUCCUCCUCCUCUGCCGGGGGUAUCAGCGGUAACCCCGUUGAGGAUAGCCCGAACCCGGCCCAGACCGGACCCUCCUCUCCGGCUCUCCAAGCGUUGGGAGCUCAGGUGAAGAAGAAGAGUGGCUUCCAGAUAACUAGCGUCACCUCGGCUCAGAUCAACGUCAGCGGCAACAACAGCCUGGCGGAUGACACGGAGAGCUAUGAUGACAUGGAUGAGUCACACACUGAGGACCUCUCCUCCUCCGAGAUGCUGGAUGUGUCGGCAUCCAGGGCUGCAGACACAGGAGUCCCGGAGCGGAGCUCUUCAGAUGAGACCUUGAACAGUCUCCAUGGGGUGGACACUCCUGGACUGGUGUCCCCUAAUGAGCCUCUGCAGUUUCAUCAUGUGGCUCAGGGGUCCUCCUUGGUGAACGGGUCUGUGCAUCAUCAAUCUUACCCCCAACAGGUCCACCAUCAUCACUCUGACCCAGCAUUAUCAACUCUUCCCAUUGCACCCAUAGCCAGCUCCAGUCCGGCUAUGGUCCAGAAGCCACUGGUACAGGAUAACCCCAAACCUGCUUUAUAUGCAGCCCCUGCUACUUAUAUACAAAGCAUUGCAAAAGCUUCUAAUGUUUCUGCUGCAGGUUCUGACAACACUACUGCAAGUGGGCAAGCACCCCAGGCCACCCAUAGCCAGGUGGCCCCUGGCUCUCGUUUCAGGGUUGUCAAACUGGACACGAACUCGGAGCCUAUCCGCAAAGGAAGAUGGAUGUGCACGGAGUAUUAUGAGAAGGAGGUUCCUCAGCCACCUCCUUCGGAGGCACCGAAAGCUGCAGAUGUGGUUGCAGAGGCCGAGGCAGGAAACGCAGGGGUGAGCCUGGCUAUUCCUGUGGUGCAGCCGCCUACCAUGCUGCAGCCCUAUCACCCUCCCACUCAGGACUUCACAAGUCCACAGGAAGGGAUGCAGACCACUCCCCAGAGCUAUGUUUCCCCCCAAGAGAUUGUGGGGACAACCUACGCGCACAAACCUGUGGCUUCUCCUGUCAGUGUUCCUGCAGCAACACUGCAACCUCCUCCUGUAAUACCACAGCCGUUACCCUAUACUGUGGAUCCCCAGCAGGCCCAGCCCCAGGGAGGUUAUCCUACUCCUCAGCUCCAUGCAGGAGUUGGCGUAUCCCAAAGGAGUGUCAGACAGCCAGAUUUCAUCCAGCCAACUGCUCCAUUUCAGACGCAAGUCCACCCUCCACUUCCACAUGUUAAUACUGGGAUUUCUGCACCAGUUCCAGGGGUCCCAUUACAGCAUCCCAUCAGCAUUUCUCCACAGUUGCCACUUCAGGGUCAGGUCGCCCCAUCUGCUCCUACAGCUUUUGCUUCUGUUCAACCUCAGUCCCACUCUCUGCCAAAAGGCCAACUCCAGCACUCCUCAGCAGCAACUGCUCCAGUAGCAACCAUUCAAGGCACCCCCUACAAGCCCCUGACCACCCUACAAGCUGACCUUCAGCCCCUUCUCAACCUGGGAGCGAACCUCUCCUAUAUUCCUGGAGGAGGAAGCUUUGUAAAAAACACAGAUUUGGAGAAGCUGUUGAUCCAGCACCAGGGCCUGCUGGGCCUGCCCAGACUGGGGAUUGCUGUGGCCGGAGAGGGGGCCGCCGAGGGCCACAUGGGCAUGUCAGUGGAAGCUAGGGCCUUCAUGGCUGCUGCAGGCUUCAGGAGUCAGCAUACAGAAGGAGAAGGCGACAGCAGGGUGUGGCAGAGAAGAGCUCCACCACAAGUUUCUCUCCAGGCCAAGAUGGUUUCUUGGUGCCGGUUACAGAAGAUGAUGUUUCUGAAUAUGAUGAACAGAAGGCAAUGGCUGGAGCGAUGGAAACCAUGUAUAGAAAGCUGAGGAGAGGAAAUCAAAUUUGGCUGUUUGUUGGAGGUCUGUUAAAACAGAAUGAAGACUCCAUGGAUGCUGUUUUUAACUUCGACUGCAUUUGGUAUCAUCUCUAGUACAACAAUACUUUAACUAGUCACACUAAAACUGGAUAAUUAUGUAGUAAAACCACCAAUUACUUCUGUGUUUGUGAAAUUUCUCUGUUUUUUGUAGAACCUCUCAACUACUGAUACAGAUUUGAAACGACUGCAAUGUUUUAUUAAGAACUAUAAAUAACCGUUUUAAAAAGAUUCUCAGCAGUCCUCACGUGGGUUCUGUAAACUUCAAAAAUUCUCCCAUAACAGAUGCAGGUUAAAGGUUUGAUGCAAGACGUUCAGCCUUCCAGUCAUCUGCUGAAGUCGCCUCUAGGUCAGGUUCCUCCUUCUCUAUCCAGUGGAAGAUGGCUCCUUAUGUAACCUACACAGUUGGGUAUAAAACAGCCAAAACGGGAAGUGGCAAAAAAUAGAUAAGUAGUAAAAUAACCAGUACCCUCCGAGUCUAUUAUGAAUGCAAGCUGACAUCCCUGUUUAUCGAAUAGUUUCCUUUUAUAUGGCUUCUAACACAUGUGUGCUUCCUCUGGGUUUAUUUUAAACACUUCACUGAUACCGAAAAUAGCUCAUUUUGAUUCUUCUUCCUUCAGUAACAACUUCCAUGGUAAAAUGCUGUUGUGUUUUCUCUGAUCUGGAAGAAAAAACUUUUUUUUUUUUUUUACUUUCGGAGGGUGCAUUCACACUGCUGAUAUACUACUGGACCAGAUAUCAUGUGACUACCGCGUGACACACAUGAGCCAUCGCUAUGCAUUGAGUGAGGACGUCAGCAGAAGUACACAAAACUAGUUCUUUUUAAAGGCCAAUGAAGUUCUAAGAAUAGAAUGACAUUGAUUUGAUGGCUUAAAUUCAAUGUAAUUGAAAUUUCAUUUGCCGAAAAGUCUAGAAAAAAGAAGCGAUGUACACAGGUAUGCCAUGAAAAGUAGUACAGUGUUUUAGAAUACGGAAAUGAUCUGGUUAAAUAAAGAUGAAAUUAAGUAAUAUAAUACAAGGAUUUCAAUAUUCAGAUACAAUAAUUUGUUAGUGGAGUUUAUGAAGGGUACAUACAAUCUGAAUUCCUGGACCUUUUAGCAUUAAAUAUGAAUUUACUUGCACACUGCAAUAUUUUUCUUCUCCUGUCCCUCUCUGCUCCUCCGUUCCUCUCUGUGUGUCUCUGCACUGCAGUGACAGACGGCCUCAGAAAAAGAAAGGAGGGGGAGAGAGGGGUCUGUCUUCAGUCUGAGCCGCACGAACGGCAUGGGUUGUUUAUUUAAAAAAUCAAGCGUGAACCAAACCGAGCCUUUGGUCCUGCCCCUCGGCGAUAGCUGAGCGGGCCGGGCCAGCGGGAAAUGUCCCAGUGCUCCCGAUGGACCCGCUGCUGCCUAGCUGACAGGAGUCACAGGAACCCUUUUAAUAAUAUCGGUUUAGAAAUUUCUGCAUCAUGGCCAGAAACCAACAAACUGUGAUCCAAUAAUCACAACUGCACAGCUUGAACUGUUAAACAUCAAUUGACAGCAUGGUGAUCUUUAUAGUGAAGUAUCUCUACUGUGGGGGCAAACAUUUAAAGGGGAGAGACGGAGAUAAGAAUAGAGAAGAGAAAGAAGGAUAAAGAGAAUACAGGAAAUCUGCUUCUACAGCUGCAGAAAAAGAAAGCACAGGGACAACUAAUAAAGGCAUAGUUUCAAAGUUUAGUUUCAGAUGUAUUUAGUGUCAAUCACAGCUCAAUAUAGAGUAUAUCUGAGUAACUGUAAGCACCUGGAUCCAAACACCUGUGGGUGGGUGUGUGUGUGAGCGCACUUGUGUAUAUCAUGCCGAGACCGGCAGCUGUAACCGUCCCAGGGUAUAGUUCUCUGGGCCGUUGCAGGGCCCUGGAUGGUUUCACACCGGCGUGAUCUGCUCCAGAAACCAGACUCUGGCACGGUAAAAAGUGUUCCAAAGGUUUGGUGUGAAAUCACUGUAACCUGCCUGGCACAGUCACGACCAACCCAGCCAGUUUUUCGGUUUCUAGCUUAAAAACAUUUUUUAACAUUUAUGAAACUGUUUUUGGCAUAAGUACCAUGUUUGACAUGAUCAAGUAGGAAUUCUGUGAACCAGGUUUGCCAAACUUGGACCUAAUUAUCCUACACUGAUUAUAGACUGGGGCUGCACGGUGGAGCAGUGGGUAGCGCAAGGACCUGGGUUUGAAACCCAGCCUGGGAUCUUUAUGACCAGGGUGUGCAUGUUUUCCCCCUGCAUGCGUGGGUUUUCUCCAGGUGCUCCAGCUUCCUCCCUUACUACAAAAACCGCUAGGUCAAAUUUGGGAGGCUGUUAUUGUAGAAAUAAAAGAAAAAUAAGGCUUGGAGACAUGACCCAUCCUGCAAACUUAGAUUCCUUUUCCACAGUUGGUUUUAGAAUUGCUUAUUUUUUUUAACAUAAUUAAUUAGGGAAUAACAUUGCUGAUCCCGUACCUGGGAGCACAUAAUGUACAGACCUAUUCGACUCGAGGAGGUUCACGUUGAUGAGCUCUGACAGUAACAUUCAACAUGAGCGCUUGGAGCUCCUGUUUUGGCAGCCAGUAAAAUUUACAGUGAAGAAAAGAAUACGUGACCUUCACUUAAUGAGGUUAAUCAUUACCACUGUCCACCAACUAACAUGUGCCUCUUGGUGGGCGCCUCUCGCCACCAUUUUGUUGCGUACUGAGCUGGGUCGCCAUCUUCGCCUGGCUGCUGUCUGGCCUACUUUCUUUCCCGCUCGACGCACCAACAACAUGAGGGCCGACAGAGCCGCUGCUAGGAAGCUUCUAAUCAAAACAGUUGAGUUUGUUUCCUACAACAAGCAGCCUCUCGAUAAGUGGAGUGGGGUGGAGGCUGGCUUCUGAGGCAGCCAUGGGCCAGCUUACAGGGUGCGUUGGUAAAAGUAGAUCAUCCUAUUGGACUAAUCUCUGCUGACAGUUUACGUAAGAAAGCCUGACAUCACGGCCUUCCCCUUCUAUGUAUCCCCUCCGCUCACCCAAUCAUCUUACAGUCUAUAUAUGUCCUGGCUCACACACACACACAAGAAACUCCCCCAAUACACACACUUCUUCUCCCAUCCUCAUUCAUCCUGGGUUUUAUUGUUGCUCAGGCUCCCCUACUUGAAGCUCUUUCAGCUUUUAGGGGGGGAGCCGUGGAUCGGGGCCGAAGGCGCAGUGGUGUUUGUUGUGGUGGGAGGUGCUGUGUUGUAAUUCUGUGAGCAUCAAUGAGAGAGAAAGGGCUGUCCGUG